AUGGACAGCAGACCUCCUGUGACGCAACAUUCCAUUGAUAUCAACUGGUCGACAAGUGUCACAGUUAGUACAGCUCAGGCCACUGCUCAGUCCCCAACAUCUCCCACCACCUCUGUGCAUCUCAAAGUAAAUACUAAAAAAGCUGUGAGGGAUGGCCAAAAUGCAGGCCAGAGGAGCAGUAAUGUUUCGAUACAGUAUAAUCGCACUGUCCCUGCUGUAGCGAAUGGGCCCCAGGGUUCAGGUGCAGAAGGUGAGAGUGGCAAUGGUGGAGGGCCUCGUAUUGGUGUUAUUUCACAUAGCAGUAAUAUUACUCUUCGAAGCAAAGCUAAUAACAAGGCCAAAAGCAAAGGGUUGGAGGAAGAUUUCCCAGCUCUUUCUGUUUCUACAAAAACGACAAAUGCAGGCAUGGGUUCGAGUGGCUGGGGGUCAACAGCAGCAGCACCAGCACCCAGUGUGCCAGCCAGUGGCCAUCAGCUGGGCACCUUCUGUUGCACCUCUGCAAAACCUGGAAAGAAAUUAAAUCCAAAAGAUUUCCCUUCCUUAGCGCCAAAUCCUGAGAGUCAGACCCACAUGAAAAAUUAUCAUGGUCGUUCUAGUGUUACAAUACCAGUGAGCAAUGCCUGGACACAUACAGUUGACCAGGUGCCCAAAGCAUCAGAUGGAAAUGAAACUUCAAGUUCCAAGAGUAAGAAGAAGAAAAAGGGAAGCAACAAGAGUGCGGCUGAUGUUACCAGCAAUAGCAGUGCCAACUCAAAUCAAAGUAGCAGUAAUAACACAUCAAAUAGUGUGUCAAAUGGCCCUUCGAAACCCAGCACCAAGAAGAAGCCUGUUGGUUUGCACAAUAUCUUUGAUGAUGACAGUGAUGAAGAUGGAGUUACAAUGGACCUAAGUAUGGGGAAAUUGGGUGACUAUCAGUCUGUGGCUCCUGUAACGUCCUCAAACCUUAACAUGAUCACCAGUGAUAUGGUCAAUGAGAGGAAAAAGUCUGAAUUGAAAAUUGGCACCUUGCGAGCCCCCCCACCGAAGCUGGAUAAUGAUGAUGCUUUCCCAAGCCUGGGGGGAUCAUUUUCACCAUCCCCCCUGGCUACCUCUACUUGGUCAUCACCAGCAAAGAACACAGCUCCACCAGGCUUCACGAGCAAGCCCAAGGUUCCACCAGGCUUCAGUGCAACAGACAUGACCUUUACAAGUAGCUCUGGAGAGAAGUUUGCAAUUUCUCCCACCUCUGAAGCUGCUGUGUCCACGUCAGCAUUCACAGCCCAACCCACUACCACCUACACCUUCCAGCUACCACCAAGAUUUGAACUCCGGAACAAGAGGCUUAUCAAGACAAUCCAUGAUGAGUGUAAAGGAGAUGAGGACAAAUUUGAUUGCUUCAAGAUGCUGGCUGGUCAACUGCGUAGUGGAGACCUCUCUGGACAUUUGUAUUAUGAACAGUGCCGGGAAGUUAUGGGCAAGGCUACUUUCCACAAGAUACUCCCAGAGCUUUUGGUUCUCUUACCUGACAUCAAAAAACAGCAGGAGGUGCUGGCAGCAUAUCGGAAAGUGGUGGGGGCGAGGCUGUUCCACUGUGUUUGCCGUGUGUGUAGUUUGUCAGCAGGUUCUCAGCCAGGAUGA